AUGGCCGGGUCAAAUCCUUUUCGCGCCAGGCAUCUGGGAAACCCCGAUCCAGUCUUGUCUCCUUCCAAUAUCGCCCCUGUUUUAUCCAAGUCGCAAGUUACCCCACCAGCCGCCCCGGAUGGCUACGGGAAGUCUUCGAUCUCCCUCGAACGCGAGGUGGACGACUCGAGCUCCGAUGAAGACACCAACCCGUUCCAUCCAGAUCUGUCCAGCGACAGCGAUGAGGACAAUCGGCGAGACCACUGGGCAGCUCCCGAUGAUCGUCCAGAAUCGUUUGGGUCCACUCCACUCCAAGCUCCAUCACCAGAUGGAUCCUCCACUUCCUCCAUUUCCUCCGACCGCAAUAUGCGGUCAUUAAGGGGUGCAGCCCCUGACGCGUCUCCGGACAACUCCCAGCACGCAAUUCGCCAGGCGGGACAACCACCCCAAAGGCUAGAAUCCAGUGCCAGUCCUCCCAGCCGCAGAGACCGGAAGCCUCCCCCUCCGCCGAAAAGCCAUCAUGGGCGAAGAAUCAGCUCUACAACCACAGAAGCACCCCAGGAAGCCCGGUCUCGAUCUUCGAAUCGUCUAUCGAUCCAUGGCUCCCCCAACAGCGUGACACCCGGUGCUUCACACCCCAGCACGGUCUCGCUGCCAUCAACCGCCGACUUCUUAUCAGUCUCGACGGGCGAACAGAGGACGACGGAAGCGACAAGCUCCCUCACGCGGAGUCAGUCCCAGAAUAAGCGUCCGCCUACGCCGCCGCUCAGUCGACGACAUAGCCAAAUGCAGAGAUCCAAGUCCACGCAGUCCAAACACCAUCGAUUUACCAUGUCUUCAUACGGCUCCGAUAGCAACCAUAGCUCUCGCCCCUCCAGCCCGGGUCCGUCCACCUCAUCUCUUGCGUCCAAGCGAAUCAGCAUGCCUCCACCAUCUUCGGGGAGUUUCCAGCCGACGGGUCCCCUUGCGGAUGUUUCCUUGAAUGUCUCACCUCCUACUACAUCUAGACCAUCCUCUCUGAAGGCCGGACGGCGAGCCUCGUCCUACGGUACUGCGGGGAGUGCAGGCUCAACCGGACCUCCUCCUCCCCCGCCGCCACGACGGACGCGAGACUCUAUGAUCCGUAGUAGUGAUAGUAUACCCGUUCCGGGUCCGGCGAAUCAGCCUCCUUCGAACGCCUUGGACAUCCUGGCGGAUCUCACCAAGCUGCAGAAAGAGGUGGAUGAUCUGCGCGGACACUAUGAGAAUCGGAAAUGA